AUGAUGAUGAUUCGGAUGAUUAAGAUGAUGAUCAUGAUGAUGAUGAUGAUUCGGAUGAUGAUGAUGAUGAUGAUGAUGAUGAUGAUGAUGAUUCGGAUGAUGAUGAUGAUGAUUCGGAUGAUGAUGAUGAUUGGGAUGAUGAUGAUGAUGAUGAUGAUUCGGAUGAUGAUGAUGAUGAUGAUGAUGAUGAUGAUGAUGAUGAUGAUGAUGAUGAUGAUGAUGAUGAUGAUGAUGAUUCGGAUGAUUCGGAUGAUGAUUCGGAUGAUGAUUCGGAUGAUGAUGAUGAUGAUUCGGAUGAUGAUGAUUCGGAUGAUUCAUGAUGAUCAUGAUGAUGAUGAUGAUGAUGAUGAUGAUGAUGAUGAUGAUUCUGGUGGUGCUGAUGAUGAUGAUGAUGAUGAUGAUGAUGAUGAUGAUGAUGAUUCGGAUGAUGAUGAUGAUGAUGAUGAUGAUGAUGAUGAUGAUUCGGAUGAUGAUGAUGAUUCGGAUGAUGAUGAUGAUGAUGAUGAUGAUGAUGAUGAUGAUGAUGAUGAUUAG